AGCCAUAAGGGUCUUCCAGUGUGUGAUGGCUGAGGAUUUUGGAGUUUGUUUGAAAAAUGAACCCUUCUCUACUGGAGACAGUGGUGCCAUCAAAUCAGAAGAGCCCUCUACUCUUUGUAGGACUUGGAGAGUACUGCUUGGACUCGGAAACAUGUGUACUGGAGCAUCUUUAGGCACAGAAUAAUAAACUUCCUCCAUUUAGGUGUACUAUCCUAGCACAUGUCCUGCAACUUAGCAGCUGUGGUGAACAGUUUGAUCUUAACCUGCCAAUCAUGUCAAUAAAAAUACUUGAUGCAUGUUUCAAACGUUUUAGGUGUAUUUGAGCAAUCAAUGUACAGGCUACUUGAGAAAUAGGUGCCAUAUAGAUUAUUCAACUUUGAUCUAUUUCUUUGAUUUAGCACUGCAAUUAGGUAGAUUUGGUUCAAAGAGAAAGCUCAUUGGUUGAUGUUUUACACUGAUGUGAUAAUGUUUACACAGAUGUGCUUUGAAAUCUCGAUUAUGGUGGAUUUUUGGGUCCCACCACAUGACAGGCUCCUGUUAUCUGAAAGGUAAAAUAAUAUAACAUCUAUCUGUAACUGCCCUCAGAGCAGGUCCGCCUGUGCGCUCCUCUGAGGUGAUUUAUCUGAUCAUUGUAUUUAGUGUUAGUUUUUUCAGUUUUAAAUCCCUCCACAGUAAAUCACUUGCUUUAAAGCAACCUUUUUGUAAUUCAGGUGCACACAGGGGCAGUACUGAGGACUGCAAUGAUGAAAAGGUGUAGCAUUACCUGCUUUAAAGCACCUGCCAAUUAAUUAGCCCUAUACUCUCCAUAGCAAAUAAAGCUAAGCAGGCAAAUCCAUUUGAUCUCUCAGAUUUAGACUGUGACUGAAAAGACGACGGAGCAAGACAGGAGAACUAAUCUUUCAUGAUUCUCUGCAACUUUUUUGUUUAAAUGAAAUCUUAAACCGCCAAGUGAUUCUCUUUUGAACUUUUGAAAGAAAAAACUAUGAGAGAUCUUUGCAUUUUAUACUGGCAAGAAACUGCAUUGCAUAUAUUGAAAGCUAGUUUGAGUCCUAAAAUUCAUUACAUGUUACAGAAAAAAGCAGCAAAGAAGGGAAAGUCAAGCUCUUAGUUUUUUUUACCAUUGCUAAUAAUGAACACGUGUUCCACCAAUGCAUUUAUGUGCAUGAACCAUUCUACUCUGGGGAUGAAAAAAUGCAUAUGUGCAUCUGGAACAGGACAGCGAAGUCCUAAAUUGAUUCAAAACACUGUAGGAAGACAACAGAGAUCUUUCAGUAGAUGAUGUUAUUGCUCAUUUGUGAUGCUCACGGACCUUGGUUACGGGCCCAAUGCAAAACCCCAAAGAAGAUGGAUUAGGGGAGCCACCUCUCAAUCUUUCUUCUCUGUAGGUUUUGAGAAUACUUAUCCCAAACCACGCCAUCAUGCCCAUUUCUGUCUUUAAGACGAUGUGUCGAUACCCAGGCCCUAUAAAUCGGUUUCAUGUCACAUUAACGAUAAAUUAAAUGCGAGGGAGAAUUUGCAGAGGGGAAAACACCUUCCCGACUAUGCCAAUUUCUGUAGAAAUUCCCCUCCUUGUAGCUGAAGCGAUAAAAGGGAAGGGUAAUGCAUGUACAUUUUAUUAGCGUUUUAGAAACACGGAGUAAAACUGUCAGAUCUUUGUGUUUUUCCUUUCAUGUGUGUCUGGGCAGGUCUAACCCUCAGGUAACGCCCUUUCUCCUUCUUCCCUCCUGCCUCUCCUUGCACCUGUCCACGUAAUGCUCCGGCAGCUCCCCGUUCCCGCCUGCCCGCCCCCCGCUGCCCGCUCAGCUCCGUUCCUCCGCCUCCCCGAUGACUGGCUGCGUUCGGCGGGGCGUGGGGGCUGCGCCCGGAGCUCCCUCCCCGCCGCCGUCUCAGAUCAGAGGAAGGUGCGAGGAGAGGGGGAGCCGGUUUACAAUUUCAAACGCAGCCUCCCCGCAGAGGGCUUCAUUAGCAUAUGUCAGGGGGACCGCCGUAUAUAUAUAUAUACACACGCGGGGCGUAUAAACACCACCGCGCCUCCUGGCUCACUCGACUCGGCUCGGCUCAGCUCAGCACGGCUCGGCCCUGCCGGCUCCCCAUGCUUGGGGCCCCGCUGCGCACCCCCACAUGCCCUCCGGGAGAGGCCGGCAGCCGCUUUCCGCCGCCGUGCCCUAGCCCGCUCGCCCCGCUCCCCCAUGGCUCCCCUGGCCGAGGUGGGGGGCUUCCUGGGCGGCCUGGACGGCCUGGGGCAGCCGGUGGGCGCCCACUUCCUGCUCCCGCCCGCAGGCGAGCGCCCUGCUCUGCUCGGGGACCGCCGAGCCCCGCCGGAGCGGGCAGCCCGCGGCGGCGCGGCAGCGGCAGCGGCGGCAGCAGCGGACCUAGCGCACUUGCAGGGCAUCCUGCGGCGGCGGCAGCUGUACUGCCGCACCGGCUUCCACCUGCAGAUCCUGCCCGACGGCAGCGUGCGCGGCACCCGCCAGGACCACAGCCUCUUCGGCAUCCUUGAAUUCAUCAGUGUGGCAGUGGGACUGGUCAGUAUUAGAGGUGUGGACAGUGGCCUUUAUCUUGGAAUGAACGAGAAGGGAGAACUUUAUGGCUCUGAGAAACUAACUUCUGAAUGCAUCUUUAGGGAGCAGUUUGAAGAGAACUGGUACAACACUUACUCAUCCAAUGUGUACAAACAUGGAGAUUCGGGGCGGCGAUACUUCGUAGCACUGAACAAAGAUGGUACUCCCAGAGAUGGGGCAAGAUCCAAAAGACACCAGAAAUUCACUCAUUUCUUGCCCCGGCCCGUGGAUCCUGAAAGAGUUCCAGAACUGUACAAAGAUGUCUUAGGAUACAGCUGAGGAGGGAGGCAACUGUGGGGAACCCCCCCCCCCACAAUGGAUCUGUUGCCCCUACUUUCAUGGCAAUACCAGCAUGAGGAACCUGCAGAGGUCUGGGAUGAUGGAUUGGAAGAAGCUACUUUGUGAUAGGCAAACAUCUAUUUUAUAACCUUUGGAUUUAGGAGACAAGCCUUAAAGCUGGCAGUGGACCAUCCUCCUUCAAACCUGCUGAACUGUUUGGUAGCCAGUAACCAGAGGGAAGUUGGAGUGUGACUUUUUAAAAAUAACAAAAUCUUGGCAAAUUUGUCUGGAUUACCUGUAGUCCGUGAAUUAGCAGAGGGCUACCUGCAUCACACUGAUGAGAUGACAGCUGGAAGAAAUAGAAAUAAAUGGACUGUAAAAUAGUAAUAAAUCCUGAGAACUGUAUAUGAAGUCAUAGUGUCUCCACUUUAGCAAUGGAUCUUAGAUGUUGAUGCAUCAUAGAGCUGGAACUUUUCUUCAGGAUGGACCUAUUUAUACAUCUCCAGAUAGCAUAUAUUUAUUUUAUAUAUUUAUUUAUUAAAGAGUUUAUUUUUUACUGGGAUAUGAAGAGAAUACAAGCCCCUAACCCCAAUGAAAAAUCAUUUACAGUGCCAAUAUUUACACUUGAGUAGUAUCAUGAGGCAGAAAUGACAUUACAUUGCAAUGCAUCCAAACCCUGAACAUUCAUAUUUCAUUGUUUGUCAGUUACAGAUAAGGUUAUAUUUUAUGCACAUACCAUUGCCUUGUGACUGUCCUUAUUUUUUAAAAGAAUGUUUAAUUUUUUAAUUUUUUUACCUAUGAGAGUGCCUUACAGAUCUGUAUUGAAUUCCAAUGCACAUUUAAAAAGGGAAUUAAAGGUUAUUUCACUUUA